AUUUUGACUCCCCGACCUUGGGCUCCGCCAGGCCGCCGUCUGCAGUGCGUUCUGUGCGGUCAUGUCUCCGCUGGCGCCGCUCCUGCUGCGGGGCCUCGCGGGCCCGGCCCGGCGGCUCCUGGUGCCGCGCGCGCAGGUGCACUCCAAGCCUCCGCGGGAGCAGCUCGGCACCCUGGACGUCGCCAUUGGGCUCACCUCCUGCUUCCUGUGCAUCUUCCUGCCGGCGGGCUGGGUGUUGUCUCACCUGGAGAGCUACAAGAAGCGGGAGUGAGGGGCUGUCCUCCUCCCCUGUGACCUGACCACCCGCCUGUCCUGAUCAUGUCUGCUGCAUUCCUGGCCGCCUCCCCUGGAGGGCGUCCUUCAGCUACCGCGGCCUCUUCUGCAAUAUGACCUCUUGGUUUCUCCAUUGUGAUCAUGGGACCAUGUAAUUCGGUGUAUAAGGCCCUGCUGGGUAGGACCCACCUUGGAACAAUAAAGUCUAUUUAAAUCAUG